GAAGAAGGGGCUGGGCUUCGAGCGACAGCGACACAAGAUGGCAGCCACCACGGGCUCGGGAGUAAAAGUCCCUCACAAUUUCCAACUGUUGGAAGAACUCGAAGAAGACCAGAAAGGAGUAGGAGAUGGCACAGUUAGCUGGGGUCUAGAAGAUGACAAAGAUAUGACACUUACAAGAUGGUCAGGGAUGAUAAUUGGGCCUCCAAGGGUGGACCCCAGAGCCAUAUCAGUGCUAGCAAAGUGGCAGAACUCAUACAGCAUCAAGGUUGUCCUGCAGGAGCUGCAGCGCCUCAUGCUGUCCAAGGAGAACGUGAAGCUCCCCCAGCCGCCCAAGGGACAGUGUUACAGCAACUAG